GCCACCCGAAAGAAAAAAAAAAGGGAAACCCAGCCAUGCCUUGAGGAAACCGGUAGAAAGCUUGAUUUUUCCCUUCUUUUCUUGUCCAAGAACUUGAUUUGGAACCUAGAAAUCUCCCCCCUGCAGGAAGCUUCCGGAUCUGCUCUGCUCUUCCCUCUGCUAUCUGUCGGCUUCAGCUUGUGGGUGCGAAAUUCUGGGCCUUUUGGAAUUUUGAUAGAUUUCCCGUGAGCCCGUGAGCUUUCUUUUUCCAUGCCGCCGGCCUUCCCCCAAUCUGCAGCUCCGGUUUUAGCUGGAGAAUUAUGGUUGCUGAUCGUUCUGCCAGUUUAACACUGAGAUUAAGUCUUCAAUUUUAUGCAAGUGAGGAAGUGAAACCGAGGAUGGAGAAACGGGAAGUGACGAGUUAGAAGGCUAGCCAUAUUGUAAUUGGAUAUGAAAUUUUAGAAAUAAAUCAUGAUAUUGUAUUUGGAGAUUUUAAUUGGAGAUUUAUGAUAUUAGAGCAAAUUAUAAAAUUUGAUCUUCAGA